CCCGUCCCCUUCCAUUCCUUUUCCUCCCACCAGACAACGACGCCGACACCGCAACGAUGGCAGGCAGACAAGCGCAUGGGCGCGCGCCAGACAAGAAACCGAGAGCGAAGAAAAACAACUCGAAAAAGCGUGCUCUCGAUGCCUUCGCAAUCGCAUCCCAUCAGACUUCUGAUGAUGUCAAGAUCCGGAAGCAUCGACUUGGUGCACAAGAAGGUGGAAACCGGCCCGGAAAGCGUCGCAGGGACGAGCAUGAUGAAGACGACGAAGAGGAAGAGGACAUCAAUACCAAGAAGCAGCGAAAAGGCCCUGCGAAGGGCCGUUUCGACGAAUUGGAUGUAGACGGGGGCAGUGAUAGUGAGGGGAACGAGUGGAAAAUGGGCGAGGUGGACUCAGACGAUGACAGCGAUCUGGACAGCGACGAGGCUUUUGGAGAAAGCGACGAGGAACGAUUCAAUGGGUACGCGUUCUCGGGCAGUACAAAGAAGAAAGACAAGAAGAAGUCGAACCUCCGAAAUAAGGAUAUCAAUCUCGAUGAGGACGAGGAGGAAGACUCCGACUCCGAACUGGAAGAGGGAGACUUAGGCGAAGAUGCCGUCGAUCUCGCAGACAUGUUGGAUACCUCAGAAGAUGAAGGGGAAGUGCAAAAGAAAGACAGUAGGCGCCAAACCGAGAGCUCGGGAUCCGAGGAAGAUGAGGAGAGUGACGAUGAGUCGUCGGCCUCUUCUGCGGAUGAUGAUGAUGAUGAAGACACCUCCGACCCCACCAAAAUUGCUGCUCUACAGCGUCUGAUUGCAAAUUUGCCUCAAGUCGACGAAAGCAGUCGGGCGCCCGCAAAGCAGCGCAGUGAUGGCGCGAGCGAGUACAACACACCUUCGGAAUUUGGGCUUGCGUCAAAAAACAAACUCACGCUGGAAGAUUUAGGGCUGGCUGGGAUAAGUGAUCCACUUAUCAAAAAAUCACUGAAGUUCGUUGAGUCCAAUUCAAACUCGCAGGGAAAGAAGAAGGCAUCUUCAGCAAAACUCGAGGUGCCUCUGACCAGACGUCAGCAAGACCGAUUAGAUCGUAGUUCUGCAUACGACCAGACCAAGGAAACCCUGGAUAGAUGGACAGACACAGUUAAGAAUAAUCGCCGGGCGGAUCACUUGAUGUUCCCGCUCGUAGAUCAUGACACUGCAGCGACUCACUCCAACAAACAACUCAUUCCAACGAAUCAAACGAAACCUUUCAACGAACUAGAAGCUACCAUACAGAGCAUCCUCGAAGAAAGUGGUCUAGCAACCACCAACGGAAAAGAUGACGAAGACCAGAUCCGUGAAUACGAGGAGCUGGAAACCAAGAAAAUGUCAAUCGAAGAAGUUAAAGCACGGAGAGACCAACUUCGCAUGGCUCGAGACCUUCUUUUCCGUGAGGAAGCCAAGUCGAAGCGCAUCAAGAAAAUCAAGAGCAAGUCAUAUCGUAAGGUACAUCGAAAACAAAGAGAGAAAGAGGAGCGUCUCAACCAGGAAGCACUUGAAGAGGGCGGUUAUAUACCUUCUGAGGAUGAGCAAGAAGCUCAAGAUCGUCGAAGAGCCACUGAGCGAAUGAGUGCUAAGCACCGAGGUAGCAAGUGGGCUAAAGCUACGAAGGAAACAGGCCGAGCUGCCUGGGACGAAGAUGCGAGGUCUGGUAUCACUGAAAUGGCUCGGAGAGACGAGGAGUUGAGGAAGAGGGUGGAAGGGAGAGCAGUUAGGAAGGAAUUCGAUGAUGGAUCUGAAGGCUCAUUCAGCGAGUCUGAGGGGAGUGACGAUUCAGAAGCGGACGAUGCUCGAGCGCUCCGACAAUUGAACAAGCUUGGAAAUUCGGACAUCGUUGAUGAAGCGGCACCAGGUGGAAAAUUGGCAAACAUGAAGUUCAUGCGCAAGGCAGAGGAGGCACGGAAAAGGGGUAAUGAUGAAAUGGUUGAAGACAUGAGACGAGAACUUGCUGGUGAGGCAUUCUCGGAAGAAGAGGAGACGGGAGAUAUAGGAAGACGAAUCUUCGGUCCUGGAAGCAACAAUACUCCUUCUGAGGCAACAAUAUCAAAGACGAAUGAAUUCGAAGUGCCAGAAGCUUCGGAUGACGGUGAUUUGAAGCUGGAUAACAUGGUUCUCGAUGACAACGCCAAGUUUGGUACAAUUCAACCAACACAAAAGAAGAUCAAAGGCACACUGAAAACUUCCGUGCUCCCAGCACAAAAGCCCCAGCCAGUCAACUUAGAAGGUGGCGCCUGGUCAAAAGCUCCUCUCAAGAAAGCGACUGGUAUCAGCGAUGCAGAGGCCAACAGACGUCGACAUAAGAGGAACGACGCCGUUGAAGUUGAAGAGCUAGAUCUCUCGGCCGCGGCUUUGAUAGCUACUCCACCAAAAUCAAAGAAAAGUGCAAAAAGGUCAACCACGUUCGACAUGGAUGUGGAUUCUGACGAUAGCGAUGACGGAAACACUGUUCAGCUUCCAUUCGCGAUUCGGGACCAAGAUCUUAUCAAACGAGCGUUUGCAGGUGCUGAUGUUGUAGGGGAAUUUCAGGCAGAGAAGAACCAGACCAUUGAAGAUGAGGAAGACAAGGUCAUUGAUAAUACAUUACCAGGCUGGGGAAGCUGGACUGGUGAUGGUGUCAGUAAACGGGAAAAGACACGAAAUAAGGGCAGGUUCUUGACCAAGGUGGAGGGUGUUAAGGCCGCAAAUCGCAAAGAUUCAAAAUUGGAACGUGUCAUAAUUAAUGAAAAACGAGUAAAAAAGGUGAGCCCCAUACCUCUGAAAUAUUAUUGAGUGCGGAAGCUGACGAACAAUUUAGAAUGGCAAAUACCUUGCAACCACCUUACCCCAUCCCUUUGAAAACCGUCAACAAUAUGAGAGGUCUCUCCGGUUGCCAGUCGGGCCAGAAUGGGCUACAAAGGAAACUUUGCAAGCAGCGAUGAAACCCAGGAUUUUGCUCAAACAAGGCAUCAUCGCUCCAAUGUCAAAACCACUUAUGUAG